UGCGCGCAACGAGCGGACCUCCGCCGCCGCGCCCUCUCCGCUCCGGUCCCACGUUGGGCGCCAUCCAUUUGUACCGCGAAAUCGGCUUGUUAUUAUCAUGUGACGAUAUUAUGCUCGACGUAUAUGCAUUGUGCUGGUAAAUGUUAAGUGAAGGAUUACAACAUAAACAAUUAGUGUUUCGUGUUUACACUACUUUGCGAAACAUCGCUGUACGAAACCGGUACACAAAUUUAAGAACAAAUCUCAGUUAUCGUACAAUAAACAAAAUUUAUGUGCUUAAUAAUAAAUAAAUUUAUAAUUACAGGUGUUAAUUCUGUUAACAGUUAGUGAAGUGACACGUGACUCUGUGACCAUUUAUUUACAACGGAACUACGAGGUUUUUAUAAGGAAUUUCCCGUACUCACUCAGUCAUCUUCAUUUAGAUUAAUGUUAACAUAAAAUGUGAACAAUCCAAUCCAAGGAUGUGCAGCCGGUUGCCGACGGUGCGAUGGAAACAAAGUGACGGUGGAAAGUGAGCGGACAGUUGUGUAGCUAACCAUCAUUAUGACGACGAAGAUGUUGCUUUCGCUGCUGCUGCACUGCUUCUGUGUGGCUACCACCGCCUCUAUACCUAGUGGAGGUCUCGGGGUGCUUCCGGGUGUAGGGGGCGGUGGUGAGGGCGCGAGGCCCGAACGACCGUACUUCGACGACGUAUCACCGAGAAACGUGUCGGCUGUCGUGGGACAAGCCGCCAUCUUGAGAUGCAGAGCUAAGCAUAUAGGGAAUAGGACAGUAUCAUGGAUGAGAAAACGUGAUCUGCACAUCUUAACCUCACACAUCUUCACCUAUACUGGAGAUGCGAGGUUUAGCGUGCUACACCCAGAGCCAUCUGACGACUGGGACCUGAAGAUCGACUAUGUCCAACCACGAGACGCUGGCGUCUAUGAAUGUCAGAUUAAUACAGAACCCAAGAUCAACAUGGCCGUUAUACUCUCCGUUGAAGAUGAGUCCUCCCAUCCCGCGACCCCGGCCCCGCCCCGCUCCACAGCUGCAGCGGCUACCAUAAUUGGGUCACAGGAUGUCUACGUGAAGAAAGGUAGUACGAUAUCAUUGACGUGUUCAGUGAAUGUCCACUCCUCGCCGCCGUCGAGCGCCUCAGUUUUAUGGUACCAUGGAAAUUCCGUAGUGGAUUUCGACUCGCCUCGAGGAGGCAUCAGCUUGGAAACGGAGAAGACAGAAGGCGGCACCACCAGCAAACUGCUGGUCACCAAGGCCGCCCUGACUGACUCCGGCAACUACACUUGUGUACCCAAUAACGCUCAUCCAGCUUCCGUGUCUGUGCACGUACUCAAUGGCGAACAUCCAGCCGCAAUGCAGACAAGCAACAGAGCAUCGUCCUACCUCACAUCGCAGCUCAGCUGUGCAGCUGUCACGUACCUCCUAUCGUCGAUGGUCUGCAGAUGAUCAGCUUAAACAGUAUUCCAACUGGACGUGGGGCGUUUAUAGUUUUGAUUGUUUCUUUUGUUAUUUCAACGCAUAAAUUUAUAUAAUAAUCUUUUUUAUACUUGGCAUAUUAAGCAAUUUUUGCAUUUAUUGUAAUAGUUCAUAUAAUGGACAAGUAGUUAUGAUAAAUUGUUUUUCCUAUUAGCAAAAGUAGCUAUAUCUCUAACGUAUCCCACAUCCUCCCACACAGUGACAUCCCAUCCCUAAAUUCUUUUCAAAAUUCCACUCCAAAAUCCUCCCAAAAAUUCCCGUCUCCAAACCACUUGCCCAGCAUGAUGACUUAUGAGCAUAAACACUUCAUUCAAGAAAACCAAUAAUGUGUGGCUCCCAAUGCGAAGCAAUGGAUCGUAUAUAUUAGAGUGCAUAAAAUUGACUGUGUAUUAUAUAUACUCGUAGGUGAAAUCAAAAUUAUCAGCGUUGAAGAAAUGUUCUACUAAUAAAAUCGAAUAUUUUUACUAAAGUAAGUUAAGUCGAAAGACGACAAAAAUAAACCUUUGCCGCGUAUAACUGUCGAGUUGCAUGUGACACUCAUAAUAUUUAGUCGUUUUUCGACUCACGUUCCUUGUAAAACUAUUUAGUAGAAUUUAUAAAGGGAUCUCGAUUCUACUCUAUGUAUUAUGGUACAGUCUGUAUUAUCUUUAAUUUUUUUUUAAAUAUGCCUAUUGUAUAAAAAAGAUUAUACCCUUACUUACAGUUUAUUUCUAAUGAAUUUAAGAAGAAAAAAAAAUAAGACGUUUAUAUUAUAUUACAAUUUAUUCAAAAAACGAAAUACAUUUUGUAACAUCUAGAAGAUUAGCUUAAAUACAAUAAAGAUACCUAACUUAAAUACAUUUCAGUUAUUUUUUAAAUAAAUAAUAUAAUGAAUGUUUUUACGAAGCGGAAAAUAAAAUGAAUAAUUUUUAUUUUAUUCCAUUUGUUCAACUUAUAUUACUGUUAUUUUAUAUUGUUUUUUUUUUUUUUAUUCGGAAUGAAGUGCAUAAUUAAUUGUGACAUGUUGAUUUCAUUAAUUAAUUAUUUUAAUAGUGGUAUACGAUAUUCAUUUACGAAUUUCUCCGCUCUCGAUUAAUGUAAUAUUAUUUAUAUUUUCAUAAAAUAUAAAUAGCAAUAACGUAUUGAAUUACCACAAAUUGGUCCAUGAAUAUUUUUUUAAUAUUAUUUUAUGCGAGUGAUAUUUAAUACUCGAGUCCCCCAAGACCAUGACGUGUUAAUAUUAAUUCUCAUAAGGUACAUAAUUGAAAUCGUUUAGAAGUAUGUUAUAAAGAAAAAAAAAUGCAAAAUGAAAAGACGCAUUACGCAAUAUGAUUAAGAAAUCUCUUGGUAAAUAUGUUGAAAAUUUAUGUGUACUUCAUUUAGUUCUCUUUAUAAGUUAAAUUACAUUUUGUAACUUUUACAUUACUUCAUUGCAACUUAGUUCGUUCGUGAAUAACAGAGACAGCAUAUUAAUGUAUGCUAAUCCCGUUCAAUAACGUUUAUAUCUAAUAUUGCUACGUAUCUUUUAUAAAAAUUAAUACUUACUGUUACUUAAUUGGAUGUGGUGAAAUUGAUGUCAUUAGCAAUAUUUAAAACUAAUUUACUCACCUGUUAAGAUUGAUUACCCAAUUAACAAAUGUCUGCCAUCGCUAUAGGUCAUAGAGCAAGGUAGUUUUUUAGUGUGGAACACAUGAAAUAUUUGUUAGUUUUUAUAUUUACCAGUUGACCCGAUGGACUUAAUUCUGCCACUAUUAGACUAAAAUGUUUGUAUUGGUAGCUAGAACAGUCGAUAUGGAAGAAAGAAAAACGGAGUUUUCACAUUUUUCUGGAUAUAUUUUUCAAAUUUACUUUUUCCCGAAAACCUUCGUUGGACUUUAAAUAU